AUGGGUGCCUGCGCAAGUAUAUCGUCUUCCUGCUGUGAUUCUUUUAUUGAAGAGAAAAAUCAGAAUGAGAAAGAAUCCGAUAUUGAUUUAACAUUCCAAAAACAUUCCUCAUUAAGGAAAUUCAAAUCAGUAUUCAGUAACAACCUCAACUUCAUGACUGAAUCAGCAUCUCAAAAGUAUGCUUCAUUUCCUUACACAACCAAUCAAUCUCUCGAUCAACUUGUCUCCUCAACCACUUCCUCUCUCUUUUCCUUGUGUGAGCACUAUUUAGAAAUUGCAGUAAUGUCUUCUCCUUUAGAUUAUUUAGAAAUGUCUAAAAUUCUGACACUUCCAUCCGUCCCAUUACAGCUCGAAUCAGACGAAAAUGAAUCAUCAUUCACCUCUUUGGAAGAAUUUUCAAACAAUCAUUGGAUCCAGCAGCAAGAAAAGAGGUUAGACACCUUACCUAGUGAGUCAGUUUCCUUAAUGAUCGAAGAAAAGCGAUCAGAAAAAGUAAGUCUUGAUCAAGAAAAACAGAGGAAAUGCAUUCCAUUACUGAAACGAUCCGUGAAGCCCAAGUUUUCUCCAACUCCAUUCAUUGUGGUUUCCAAAACGAGAGAAUCUUUCGACUGUUGUGUAAUGAGAAAUGACACCUCCAACAGACCUCUCAACGAAGAGAAGAUCCAGGGCAGAAUGAUUCAACCGCAUCUUCAACAACAAGCGUUGCAAGUUCCAAAGGAAGAUUUUAUGAUGUGCCCAACAUUAGGCAAUGUAUGUGUGAGUGAUGUUCGAUAA